UCUUGACUCCUCUUAUCGUGUUAUCUAUCCACAAUGAAAUUUAAUGCGUAUGACUUGUAGGAUGUUUUCAAUCUGAGCAACCAUCACAAACUUGAGCUGUUACGAAUGGAAGAAAGAAAAUUUCUUCAAUGGUCAUUUUGAAAUUUAUGACAAAAUCGCUGAAAUUAACUCGACGUUUAACAUAAUUACAGAAAGAUUUCCAAUAAUUGGACCCCGAAUCCAUUACUUUAUCAAACCCAAUCUUCACAUCACAAGCAGCUUGAGUCGGCGCACAACAUCAAGAAAAUCGAAGAAUAGAAAUUCCCCUGUAUUUGUCGCGUGCUGUAUGACUGAAUUUUCUUUAAAAUGCCCAAUGUCUCUCUCAAGUUUUUCAGCUAAAAUUCCUCUUCUGCAUAUCCAAAUCCGAACUAGGAGAAGAAAUAUCUACAUUUCCCCAAAUACACCAAGUUUCUCUUCAUUGUUUGAUAGAAAAUUGCUCUCAAUUUUAACUAACUACCGGUUUAGCAAAACCCAAACCAUUGUUUGCGCAACUAUGGAAGAUCAUAAUAAUUCAGCUGUUGAAUCCUUUGUGUCGGAUAAGUAUUUUAAAGAAUUGGAAGUUGCUGUGAAGGCAGUGCAGAUGGCGUGUUUGCUUUGCCAGAGAAUUCAACAAACUUUACUUUCUAAAGCAAAUGACCAUGUACAAUCUAAGGAUGAUAACUCUCCUGUUACAAUUGCGGAUUGGAGUGUCCAAGGAAUUGUGAGCUGGGUACUGUCUGAGGCUCUUGGUCGUGAUAAUAUAUCCAUUGUUGCCGAAGAAGAUGUUCAAGUACUAUCCAAGAUUGGCGCAUUUGGGUUACUGGAAGCUAUAGUGAAGACAGUUAAUGACUGUCUGGCUGAAGCACCUCGGUUUGGACUAAGAGCACCUGUUAUGGCUCUCAGUACUUCAGAGGUUCUCGAAGCCAUUGAUAGAUGCAACUCAAUGGGGGGCUCUAGUGGAAGAUUUUGGGUUCUGGAUCCUGUUGAUGGCACAUUGGGAUUUUUACGUGGGGAUCAAUAUGCGAUUGCUCUUGCUUUGAUUGAAGAUGGAGAACCCGUGCUUGGAGUUCUUGGAUGCCCAAAUUAUCCUGUGAAGAAGGAAUGUUUAAGUUACCAAAAUGGCUACCGUAGAAUCUUGUCUAGGUUAACGUCACUGUCAUCUGAAUCUUGGGAUAGAGGUUGUGUGGUUUAUGCAAGCAAAAAUUGUGGUAAUGCGUGGAUGCAGCCAUUACUAAAUAAAGAAAAGAAAUUUGUUUGGCCGAACUCUGCAAGGCAAAUCAAAGUCUCCUCCGUUGAUAACCCAGCAUUGGCGACCUUCUGUGAACCAGUUGAGAAGGCUAAUUCAAGCCAUUCCUUCACAGCAGGAGUGGCUCACAGUGCUGGACUUAGGAAUCAACCAUUACGUAUCCAUUCCAUGGUAAAGUAUGCAGCCAUAGCCCGAGGAGAUGCUGAAGUAUUCAUGAAGUUUGCCAGGGCUGGCUACAAGGAGAAGAUAUGGGAUCAUGCAGCUGGUGUUGUUAUUGUUCAAGAAGCCGGUGGUGUUGUAACUGAUGCCGGAGGUCAUCCUCUAUGCUUUUCUAAAGGUAUGUACUUGGAAGGUCUUGAUCGGGGUAUAAUUGCUUGCGCUGGAGCUAGAUUGCAUGAAAAGAUCGUCAAGGCUGUUGAUGCUAGCUGGAAUUCAUCUAGCCUCUAGUUUCACUUGUACAUUGCCAAGUUAUUAAUGUUGUUGUAUUGGCAUUAUAAAUAUCAUAAUUAAAAUGGUUGUCUGAAUAAUACAAGAUCAUCAUGCUAUAUGAAUAAAAUGAUAAUGUUUAUUCCCUUAAA